ACGAAGCGAUCAGAAAGCAGGCAAGGAUGGGUCCACGCCUGUCGUUGCAGUCUCGUGGCCCAUGAGGCCUGCCUGCUUACCUGGGUGUCAAGCGCCGAUAUCAGUGACGCUAACCCUUCCAAGGGUCGACGGUGUCCACAAUGCAAUACAAAAUACAUGAUUCGGAGCAAUAAGCCUUUCUUAUUAUGCUUCAUGAAUCGAAAUUACAGGAGAGUCACCAAAAUCUAUCGCUAUGCUAGUUAUAUUGUAAUCGCCGGCGGGUUCUUUCUUGGUGCAGGAUUAUAUGGUGCUACCGCUCUUCGUGUUGCCCUUGGGGAAGAAGCUUUUGUUUACUAUUAUGGAGAGGAUUUAUGGGAGCUAGCGGCACACGGGAUGGAAUUUGUUUCUGUCCCCAUGACGUUAAUUCUAGGAACGACUGGAUUAUUUAACACAGUAACACUACUCCUUCCCAUCCUUUACAUUCCCCACACAUUCCGCACCCUAGCAGACCCCAUCAACGAAUUUCAACUACGGGAGUACCCUCCGGGCCCGCUGGUCACGCUCUUACUAUGGCCAUAUAUCCGAAUGGGGUACAGAUACGUUUGGUCAAGGCUAGCUUCGUGGAUAACAGCCAAACCGUCACAGCGCCGGCAGCGGUCGAUAUGGGACGGCAUUGAUCUCAUACUGCGAAUACAAAGGGAUGAGGAUAACGAGCGGGACGGUGCUAUCGCUCCGCUAGACGUUAACCAGCAGGUAGAGGACGAACCUGAGUUUGAGGAUCUACCAGAUGAUGAACAAAAUGGAGGACAAGGGAAUGAACAAAGAGAGGGAGGAAAUGGCGAAAAUCGAGCGGAAGUCAUCCGUUUCACCGAGGGCUAUCUCCUGCGCGUUUUUUUGUCAUCAUUUUUCUCGCCGUUCUUAUCGAACCUCCUCGGGAGGGGUCUUAAACAACUCUCGCACCACUCCCCGAUUCUCAGGCAAUUCCUCGGCAUAGACUCUACUCGAAGCCGCCCCUCCGGUAGGUUGGGCAUGCGCAAAGCGGGUUGGGCAGGUUUACUGGUUCCAAUGGGCUACAACAUUUACGGAUCAAGAGAAAUGGACCCAGUAUGGUGGAGAAACGCAGUUGGAAUAUCACUUUUUGUUGUACUUACAGAUGCCACCACUCUUUUACAUCUUUGGCUUGCGGUUCGCGAACGGCGCUCAAGACGAAUAGUAGAUCGUGAUUUCCAAGGAGUGGACUAUUCCGGGCUUGAUCUUAUUGUCGACGAUUGAUUAAGUCAGUUGCCCUUUGAUCGUUAAUGUCGAGAUGGACGGUGUAGCACAAGUCUUGUAAUGAUCCAUUCAUGUACCCACACUAUGCUAGCCCAAGUAAUCUGAAGCCCCGCACAGAUAUGUUUGAGACUUGAACCUACA